AUGCAACCUCCAGAACAUGAAUCUCCAACCCUCGUUCAGACAUCAUCAAACAUAUCCAAUGAUUCAUCAUUAUCCGAGAAAGGAGAAGCCACAAGACCACAACAACAACAACGAUCAAACAAUAGUUAUGCACUCACAGUUGACGAGGUGAUCGAGCAACACAUAGGACCACUUGGAUUAGCUCAGAUCUUGCAUGCUCUCUUGGUCUCUAUCGCUUGGAUCUUCGAUGCUCAAACCACUCUUGUAUCCAUUUUCUCCGAUGCUCAGCCAGCUGCGAGGCUAGUCGCAACCGGAGCCAUCGUGGAGGGUUUGUCGUUGUGUGGAUUGUCCACCGGAGAAUGGGAAUGGGUCGGAGGAAAGACAGAUACGAUUGUUGCUGAGUGGAAUCUCAUAUGUCAACAUAAGUUUCUUGUUGCUCUUCCUUCCACUCUUUUCUUCAUCGGAUCUCUUUUCGGUUCCGGUGUUUAUGGAUAUCUUGCUGAUUCAUGGUUUGGUCGGAAAAAGACUCUGUUUCUCUCUUGUAUAUUAACGUUUGUCACGGCCUUUGCGAUCUCAUUUUCCCCAAACGUUUGGGUUUACGCGUUCUUGCGUUUCGCCAACGGGUUUUUUAGAUCAGGAAUCGGGUCUUGCUGUAUCGUACUCGCGACCGAGAUCGUCGGUAAAAAAUGGCGAGGCCAAGUAGGUCAAUACGGUUUCUUCUUCUUCACGUUAGGUUUUCUAUCUCUUCCACUAAUGGCUUACUUGGAGAAAAAGUCAUGGAGAAACCUUUACCGAAUCAUAUCGUUUCUUCCUCUUGGUUACGCUCUUUUUCUCUUGCCCUUUGCCUAUGAGUCUCCUCGAUGGCUUCUUGUCAAGGGACGUAACAAAGAAGCUAUGGUGGUCUUGAAGAAACUCGCGAGGCUCAAUGGGAAACAACUUCCGGCGGAUUUAAGCCUAGUCGAUCCGAUUCCAACGAGAGAUGAUCAAACUUCACAACAAGAGAAGUUUUGGAAAACUAAAUGGGCAGUGCAAAGGGUCGUAAUGGUUAUGAUGGCUGGAUUUGGUUGUGGUUUUGUAUAUUACGGAAUUCAACUAAACGCCGAGAAUCUCAAUUUCAACCUUUACUUAACCGUUGCGGUUAACGCUCUCAUGGAGUUUCCAGCUGUUUUCAUCGGAAGUUUCCUCCUUGGGGUCAUGAACCGCCGUCCACUCUUCUCAAACUCAUCAUACCUCGCUGGAAUCUCGUGCUUCCUCUGCGCGGUUCUCUCGCUACACCGUGUGACCCGUGCUAUAUCCAUUGCGAAAUGGUUGCAGCUCGCAGUUGAGGCGGUCGGGUUCAUGGCGUCAUCAACAGCGUACGAUGUCCUAUAUGUCUAUUGCGUCGAGCUGUUCCCGACAAACGUGAGGAACUUUGCGGUUUCGCUUUUGCGUCAAGCGUUUAUGCUAGGAGCGUCUGCAGCACCGUUGUUAGUUGCGAUGGGAAGGGAAAACGCAAUGAUGUCGUUUCUCGUCUUUGGCGUUGCAUCUGUGUUAAGCGGUGUGGUUAGUCUAUGGCUAAAGGAAACACGAGACGCUCCUCUUUAUGAAACGCUGACACAACAAGGAAAAGCAGAAGAGACUGGGAACGGAACAGAGCGUUCUUGA